CCUUUUCUACCCAUUAAUUCCUCCCCAUCUUCACAUUAGACAGAAGUCUAGUGCGUCUGUGUCAGGCAAGCAUGAAGUUGGUUGCUGUAACUGUCUGUGUCCUCUGCUUUCUGUUUGAAGUCCUGUAUGGAGCUGAUAGCUGCUCAUCAAGUCCAUGCAAAAAUGUAGAUCAGCCUGGUGUCUCUGACCCUCAGGUGAUGGUGGAAUUUGAAAAUGGAAACUUUAGGUUCACAUUCCCCAACCCCCAAAACGUAAGUGAAUUCAGCAUGACCCUCUUCAAAGGGCAUAAAAAGAAGGAGAUCUGUGCACUCCAUUUGAGUGAGGAGAAAGAUUUCCCCAAGAGUAAUGUCACCUACUGUCAGACGGAGCAUUCAAAUAGCAGCACCACUUUCAUUCUUAAAAAUCUGGAAAGAAAACAUAUCGACAUUUACACUUACUGCCUGGAGAUCUUCUUACCCCCUCCAUAUAUAGAAUGCCGGCUGAAAGAAACCUAUUUGUACAUCCAAGAUAAGGAAGACUGUUUUUCACUAGGACUCAUGUCAUGGAUUAUUAUUGGCCUGAUCAUGUUUGCCAUGAUUUUCUGUAUCUGCUAUGUUGUAUCCUGUUGCUUAAAGAACAAGAAUCGGCAGUGUGAAUCCAACUCCCAUGAGUACAACAGUGAAUACAUGCCCAUGGCAGCAGUGAAUGCAGCUAAAAAAACAAGAAUCUGAGGUAUAAGUUGCUUGUGGCAUAGAAAUUCUGGCAGCAGAGGUUUCCAGCUACUUGAACCUGGACAAUGGGAAAUCAGCAUUUCCUCACCUUUCUCAUCUUCCCUGAACUCUCGUGAUGGUCCUGUGCUCAGUCAUGACGCACCUACUUUAGUACUGCUCUGAGACCUGUUUUGCUCUAGCCUUGUGUCUCAAGUGGCACACUGCCCGAUAUACUGACUUACACACAAAGUGCUAAAAAAGUGUUAAAGAUGUCAGCUUUUAGAUGAAGAAAAUGUAGUGGGUUUGCUUGAGAGUAGAUUCCUGUAGUGCUACUACAGAGGGAACUUUCAUUUUCUACAGUCUCCUUUACGAUAAACUUUCCACUGGGGACAAAAAAAAAAAAAAAGUCUACCUCCAAUGCCAAUGCUUGUGGCACAGCCAUGAAGCACUGUCGGUGUAUUGCACAUGAGCUUUUGUUAGGGGUAAUUUAGUCUGAUGCUAUCAAUUCAUCCCCAUAUUCACUGUCAAACUCCUUAGCUCCACACUAGGAGAGUGCAGAGUGCUCUCCUGCACGAAGCUGUGGGACAGCAGGGGAACAAAACCUGUGAAAGCACAGCAGAGACUUCACUGUGACACUGUACCUCAAGUAUGUGCAUCUGUAUUUUUUGUAAGUUUGUUAUCAAUACAUCUUUGCCAUUCACACCUUCAGGCUCUUCUUCUUUAAUUAAAUAAGAAUUCUUUUACUGACAGAAGAAUACAUUAUUUUCAAGACUGCAAUUGUUCUUUAAAUCAGUUCAAACCUGCACUACCAGUCCCUAAACUAGGAUGCACAAUCUCUCCUGUUCACGUGUCUUGCAGCAUAAAUACAACACGGUCCAUAAGGCCAGUGCAUUCACGGACUCUGCACUGCAAUUAUCUUCCUCUUGUGGUUUGACAGGAAACCUUUACCACUUCCCCAGUGGGUUCUUGACCUGCCUCAAAUUGCUCAGAGCCUUCAGAUAUGAAAGAAAAGAUCAAACCUUCAUGCUUCUUGUGAAAUCCCUCAAAACUGACCAUAAAUGACUGACCAGUAAUCCAGCCUAGAUAUGUUUUCAGACACUGUUUGGCUGCUGGAAGCAGAGCAGUGUGUUGAUUCUGAGGCUCUCUGUAAUUAAUUAAUUGAAACAAGUAAUACCAGUCAGAGGACACUAUUAUGAACGAUACACAACCUACUUUUCUGGCAAACAAAAGGCUAGUUUCAAAUUUGACAGGGUGAACAGGGACUGUCAGGCAUGAAGAGGACAUAAGCUGGUGUGUCAAGAACAGGGGUUUCCUCAAUAAACACAUAAAUACACAGGAGUGUUGCGAAGAGAAGGUGCAAACCGUUCACUGUGACAUUAAACAACGGGGAAAUGACUAAAGCAUAAAAUGAAGUGGGGACUGUCAGUUUUACAGCCAGUGCCCUGCUUAGAAAACCAGCUCCUAGGGAGGGGUGUAGAGGAGCACCCUGGUGUGUUGGGUAACAUUACAUUCUCGCCUGUUCUGCCACACAGCCUUUGCUGAAUUAUUUGACCUCCCCACAAACAAAACUCUCCUCUCUACAUCCAUAAAUACACUGAUGUCACCAUUUUAAAAAGUAUUGAUUAAAUUAUUGCCUUUGAAAAUAAUUACUUUUGAAAAUUACUGGUGAAAACAGUGAACAUUUACUGCCUCUGAGAACAGUGGAUGCAUAAUCCUGUGUAGCAGUGGAGAGUCCUAUGCCCCAGAAUCUUUCACCAAGCUAAGAAGGUAAUUCAAAGAAUUAAGAGUUUCUGAAAGAAGGAGAAACUUGAUGUUUGCCUUGAGAUGCUGCUGGAUAGAGGAAAAAUGAUGGAAGUCUGAACAAGGUAGUAAAAAAUACAUACUUUCUACUCCAGAGAGAUAAAUGAUGUACAAUCAUUAUGAUAAAGCUUUUGGAAGGCUCAUGUUCCAUCACUGCCUGCAUCACAGGCAAAAAACUACUCACAAUCUCCUUGAAGGUUGAGACCUUAAAUAAAAAUCUACAACUUGAGCAAACUGAACCUUGCUAAAAAUGAUGAUCUAACGUGAACAGGUGGAAG